GCAGGAUUACGGACCACGUGCACCUGGAGGUACACCGUGAUGUCGCCAAAUGUGAAUGCACGAUACGUGGGUCGUAGGCCAGGGCUAGCUCGUUUGACACUGCUUCCGACAUCGCGACGAUACCCGAGCCGCCAUCGACAAUACUUUUGACACGUUUGUGAUUGUCAACGACUGGGAGGACAGAACGUAUGGCGGAGGACUCGAGCGACACCACUAGGGCUUCCGGGAUGGGCUCGCCAUUGGAGUAAUACGCUUCGUAGGGGUCUGGGACGAUGAAGGCGUCGGGUGGGAGCUGGGUGGCAGAAUUGGCAAAGGUCGCUGGCAUCGAGUCGAGGAACCUGGCGCUGCGGAUCGCUGCGCUCACCAUUAGCUGGGGCGCCGUUGUAACUGUUUUGCCUUGCGCGACUACUGGGGCGGUGCGUCGACUCGUGGUUGCGUCUCGGACUUGGGCCCGUACUUCUGGCGACAGGGAGAGGAGCUCUUGGUGGGUCAGGGUGAUAGGCGCGUCCAUGGACCGGUCGAAAACCUUGGAGGCAAUCUUUUCGUCGAAAAUGGGUGCAGUUGUCCGGUACGCUGGGUCG